GGAGUCCCAAGCCGGACUUGGAUUUCUUACUAUUGAGUGCUAUUCUGAUACCUACUGGGAGCUUCUAUCUUGCUAACUUUUCAUUGUUAUGGGUAUUCUACCAUGGAUUUAUGCUUUGGUAUUAAGGAUUGUUUAUGUUUCUCCUAUGCUAUUUUGGCUGGUUAAUUCUCUAAUUUUGUCAGCCAACACCCUCUGCUGGCCUCUUGUAAGGAUUAUGAGUGAAGAUAAGGAAAGUUGGGUUCAGGUAACCUCAUGGAAUCACAUAGCAAACCACAUACCUUCACCAGUAUGUACUGGCAACCAAUGAAGAUAAAUACAGAUUUUCCUGACUUACUUUUUUACCUUCUGUUUAUCAUCAUAUUUCCUUAUUUGUCUGUACUUGGAAUUAAAAACGGGAAGUUUUAUACAUAAAUGUUGAAACAAGUUCCUUGAUUGUUGCACCAGAGUUUUAGCAACAGUUUAUCCGAGCUCUUCAGGAUGUCUGGUCUUCUUCUUCUCUGCUCUGUGCUGUCUCUUUGGGGUGCCGUGUGUGGGAGACCAGGACAAUACUGCGCAGACCAACCUUCAGGCUUGGAAGCAUUUGCUGGAGACUCAGUGACCUUCCCAUGCAGUUUUGUGUUCCCCAGAACUGUCACAGGAAUUACUAAUGUGACCAUUAUCCUUCAUGCUGGUGUAGGGAAUUAUUGUGGGGCUCGUAUAUAUAACAGUGGGUACGGCAACACAACUCAGGAAUACCAGGGAAGGGUGUCACUGGUGGGAGAUCCAUGGACUCGGAAUGGGGCCAUCACCCUGACCAAUGUAACCACAAGUGAUGUGGUGAGAAAGUACUACUGCUGCCGUGUCCGACUUCUAAUUCCAAACAAGGAGACUGAGCAGUGGCAGAACGCAGGAGGCACUUGGCUAACUGUCAGGGGAGAGAAUGAGAUGACUAUGCAUCAGCCUCCGUUCAUUCCUGCUCUGGUUGGUGACACGGUGACAAUUCCCUGUCAUUUCUCCAUCAGCGCCAAGAAGAAAAUCCAGAACAUGUCUCUAUCCAGUGUUCAGUGGAGCUCCAGUGUUUUUUUCCCAUUCUGUGACACAGAUAUAUAUAACAGUGCCACGGGGGCAGUACACAGUAAGAACAAAGGGCGGAUGUCUCUGGCUGGGGAAGGCGGCACAUUUAUCCAAAUCAAACACGUGGGGCUCAGUGACAGCGACUGGUACUGCUGUAGGGCACAAGUGACUGGAGAUGGACAAGUUUAUAGAACUGAGACGGAGAGAGGAACACACCUGAUCAUUACAGGCAAAACCAAUGAAAUGAAGAUCGAGCAGCCAAAGGAGGUCACAUUCCCAGACUCCCCUACUAUCAGCUGUAACUAUACAUUACCGGAGAAUGAAGAUCCCUUGUGGGUCGGGAUCUACUGGAUGUUUGGGGACCCACGUGAGGGCUUUGCCUACCACCCUGACCCAGAAUUAAUACACCCCCGGUACCGGGGCAAAACCAGACUGGUGGGUCAGUCAGACCUGUAUCUAGAAGAGGUGAAUGGAAUGGAUAACACCUCCUUCUACUGCCGCGUGGCAAUGCGCCUGUGUGACUCUACUGCUACAAAUCACAUAGAAACUUUACUGGAGGAAGGAACAGGGACACUUCUAAGGGUGAAUGGGACAAGGAAACAGUCGCAGCAAUCACAACAAAUGGAUCCAGUAGAUGGGGAGAAUGCCGACAGUGCCGUGCCCGGAGGAACAAUUAGUAUAUUCGGCCCUGGACCACUCACGUUCUUCAGCAAGACGUAAGUCUCCUCCUGACCCUGCCCAGGAAGUACUUUAUGCAGAUGUGAAAAGUAAAUGAGAACGUUGUGGUGGGUGUCGUGUGAAUUCUGGCCUGCACGCUCAUGAGCAUGGCUUAUCUGCUUCUACUUGUAUGGAGGAAUCAGGCCAACUAAGUGCUUGAUCCAUUGUCUGCCUCAAGGUUCUACUGACUUUGCACUGAAAUAUUACAGCAGUGAUCCCCAACCAGUGGCCCCUGAGUUAUUGUUGCUCUCCGACCCCUUGGAUGUUGCUCCUAAUGGCC